AUAGUUAUAUAUACAGCAGUAAGAACAACCUGCUUGUUCUGUGUGUUUGAGAGAGAGAGAGAGAGAGAGAGAGAGAGAGAGAGAGAGAGAGAGAGAGAGAGAGAGAGAGAGAGAGAGAGAUUAAUUGCAUCUAUUUCGGCUUCAGCAUCUUUAAACUGACGCUCCAGUUCUGUCAACCACCAUGUUGGCUGUCGGACUCUUCGUGUCCCUUCUGUUGCUACGAGUUAGCUGUUGCUUGGUGACCGAGGUUCCAGAGGACGCAAGUGCUGAGUUCUGGGUCAGACUGUACCAUCAGCUUCAGAUGGCAGGGGCCGACGACAACAUCAUCUUCUCUCCGCUGAGCUUGGCACUGGCCCUGGGCAUGGUAGAGCUGGGGGCUCGAGGGUCCUCACUGCAGCAGAUCAGACAGGCUGUGGGUUACACACAGUACAGAGAAGACGAGGAGUUCGCUGUCCUCAAGAACCUAACCCAGGCUUUGGUUGGAGAAGAGACCCAGUAUGUGGUGCAUUUGGCAAACGCUGUAUUCCUGCAGACCGGCGUUCACUUUAGCCCUGAGUUCCUGAAGCUCAUUAAACAUUAUUUCCAUGCUGAAGCAGAAACAGUGGACUUUAACGAGUCAGCCACUGUGGCUCAACACAUCAAUGCCUGGGUCCAAAACCACACAGCAAGUAAGAUUCAUGACCUGGUUUCGGCAGAAGAUUUUAGCAGCUCGACAAGAAUAACACUGAUUAACGCAGUUUACUUUCGAGGCAGCUGGAAAAAUCAGUUUUGUCCUGAAAACACAAGAACAUUUUCCUUUAGCAAAGAUGAUGGAAGUGAGGUCCAAACGCUGAUGAUGUACCAACAGGGUGACUUUUACUAUGGUGAGUUCAGCGAUGGCAGCUCAGAGGCAGGAGGAGUGUAUCAGGUGUUGGAGAUGCCCUAUGAAGGUGAAGACAUGAGCAUGAUGAUCGUUUUGCCAAGACAGGAAGUUCUGCUGGCCUCGUUAGAACCGAUCAUCAAAGCAUCGCUGAUUGAGGACUGGGCAAACAAUGUCAAGAAGCAGAAAGUCGAGGUUUACCUGCCCAGGUUUAAAGUGGAGCAGACGAUUGACCUGAAAGAAGUAUUACAGCAGCUUGGCAUCAAGAACAUUUUUACCAAAGAAGCAGACCUGUCGGCCAUGACAGCGGAGACAGGAGAAGGGGAGAAUCUGUUCAUCGGGAAAGCUGUGCAAAAGUCUUACCUGGAGGUGACGGAGGAGGGAGCAGAGGGAGCUGCCGCAUCAGGAAUGAUUGCUAUGGCGAGGAACAUGGUGUUAUACCCUCAGGUUAUGGCUGAUCAUCCCUUCUUCUUUAUCAUCCGGAACAGGAAGACAGGCUCCAUCCUUUUCAUGGGUCGAGUCAUGAACCCGGAGGUCGUCGAUCCGUUCGAUCCUGACUUGGAUUCUGUUUAACGCACCAGUAAUCAAAUUAACAAGGCCAAAUGAGUGCCAUUGCCAUUUUUUUCCAUUCAUGGUUUUCUACAGGGAGUUCCCUGCAUACACAAAUUAUACUCUACAUCAUAUGUGAUUGUAUUUUGAUACUCAGCUUUAACCACAAGAGCAGAUGUUGUAAAUAUAUAUCGGGGAUAACGGUCUCCGUGGCCAUGAUAGUAAAAGCAGCACAUGCAUUUAUACGUAUUUAUUGAAAUAAUGAUCUUCAUUUCUUUUUUCAGAUAUUUAUUGAAUAUAUAAUUCAGAUAUUUGUAGAUAUUUAUUGAAUAUAAACGUGCAGUGUUCUCUUGUCUUUCUCCAUCUUGCUUUUUAUCUUUUUCCUCACUGUCCUAAAUCUUGGUAUUUUUAAUCUUCGAUGUGGCUGAAGUACUGCUGAAAUAUUGACAUGCCUUAUAAAAUGAGUUUUCAUUUUCAUGAAUGUACAGUCGAGGAAGCAGGGUUACCAUGGUGACUCAGUGUGCAGACCAUCUGUUUGGUGUACAGGGAUUUGAAUAAGAGACACACCAGCUGUAUUCUUGAUUUCAGAAAUAAAUAUGAAUGUGGAAAAGCUGCCGUUCAAUCAUCAGGUAUAAGGAAUAUUGCAUUAUUGCAGAUAAUGUAGAAGAAUGUACUUAUCAGAUACUGUGUGACUGAAAAUACCAUCAUUAUUUAUCUGUGCUGUGGGUGUUUAUGAUGACUAAUAAUCUUCUUCUUUGUUGUGAAAAUGUAAACUAUUAUUACUGUCAGAAUUAUUUUUUCUUGUAUCCUGACAUAUGAAAUUAUUCUAACCUCGGAUAUAAGCAUGGAUUCCGAACUCUUUUAUUGAUAGUAGAUGAUAUCAGAACAGCUCAUCAAUCAACACUAAACAAUGCACUCCAUAUUAAAGUGCAUUGAGAGAAAACAAGAAUAUACAACAUGUGCAAGACAUGUGCUAAGGUAAUGCGUGAAAACGUAACAGAAGAGUAUAUGCAAAUGUUUCAGUGGUACAGACAGACUGAAACUUAGUCAUUUCCUACCUACCUACCUAACAGAUGACCUUAUAAUUCUAACACUAAUGAUAAUAGCUUAAUACCAGCAGAAAUAGGAGUGCAGAAUUAAUACUGCAACAAAGAUGUUAGUCCAAAAUUAAAUCACAGCCUCUCAUCAAAAUGCCAUAAUGACACCGUAUUGGUCUAUUUGUAUAUUUACUAAGUCAACGAUUUAGCUAGUUACAUAGCUAUGCCGUUUUAAAUAACACAAUGUAAAACCACUGGAAUUAACAUUUUCCAAACAUAUGUCUUAAGUAUGCCUAAUGCCGCCAUAGUCUGUGUGAGGACCUCUGUAUAAGUCCCAAUGAUGGAUGUGUCUUCUUGAUGUGCAUAUGGUUGUCUUAAAACAAGUCCUAUGCAUAGUGUGUAAACAUUUGAUUGUAUCCAAAUCCAAUUAUAAUCCAAACCAAUUGUUUUGACUUUUGUUAUAACAGCUUGUUGUAGGUCUUGUGGCUCUGAAUAGUUCACAUGACCUUAGCAUGUAUGUACAGUGAAAAUAAAAACAGUCAGCACACCCCUGUUAAAAGGGAAGGUUUAUCUUAUGACCCUCAA